UAUGCGUGUUUACGUGGUGUGCAAUAAAGCUCGCUGUUGACUUCUGUUCUUGUCGAUUGUCAUUGCCGGUGGUUGAGUUACGUCCUCAGCCGAAAAUUAACGCGAGUGCACAAUGGCACCGAAGGAGAGCAGUGAUGUUGAACAGGAGCAGGAAUUGUCUGUGCCAGAAACUUAUUCCCUGGAAAUUUUAAAAAUAAUCAGAGAUGCACAACAACAACAUGGUUUAAGGCAUGGCGAUUAUCAGAGAUAUCGAGGAUAUUGCUCGCGACGUUUGAGACGUCUCCGAAAAGUUCUCAAAGUACCACAAGGUGAUAGACGGCACUUCAAAAGACGCGAUGUACUUCCUGCCAUGGUCACGGAUGACAAAUUUCUGCAGAUUCCCUUGACUUUGGCAGAAAGAGCUUGGGCUUAUGCUAUGCAACUCAGGCAAGAAUCUAAUACAGAGCCUCGAAAAAGGUUUCACUUGGUUUCCAGAUUGAGGAAAGCUGGUAGUUAUGCAAAUGAAUUGCAUCAGCUCAUUGAGAGUAUCAACUGCGAUGCCAGAACUAAACUGGAAAUUCAAGCAUAUGUAGCAUAUAUUCAAGGAUCUAUAAAUUUUGAGUUGCAAGAAUGGGCUCCAGCCAUGGAGAACUUCAAAAAAGCUCAAGUACUUUAUGAAAAUCUGGCUAAAGCUCUUCCAGAACAUGAACAGCUUAUAUAUAAACAAAGAGUAGAUGAAAUUACUCCCAAUCUUAGGUACUGCGCAUACAAUAUUGGUGACACAACUGCCAUUGAUGAUCUCAUGCAGAUGCGUGGCAAAUUGGGAGGAGAAAUCUUGAAUAAUUUGGAUACUCUGAUACAUCAAACCAGAGAAAAACAAGCUAGUACGGAAGAAAUAACUUGGAGAGGUAAAUCUUGUGGGAGUGCCCCACCUAAAGCUGCUGCCUUAAUUAUGGCAGAUAAAUCUUUAAAUGGCACAUUAGAAAAAGCAGAUAGUAAUCAAGCCAAGAUUGAUAUACUGGAAGCACAUUUGAUAGAUUGCAAAGAUGCAAUUGCUUUAGUUCGUGAAGAACUGAAGGGUGAUUUGAAGAACAAAGAUACUGAUAAAGCUCCUCAGCAGUUACUCGCGUACCUGCAGUAUAUUCGACUUUCCCGCACACUUGAGCGGAAUUUAAUUUUGGUUAAAAUAGCCGAAGAUUCCGAAAAAACAAAAUCACAGGAUAUCGUACGUCUGUACGAGGCUGCUUUGCACAAUCUUGUCGAAAUAUCGCAAUUACAAGAUGAUGAAGGAUUUUUACUCGAACACGACGCAAAGACAAAAAGUUACAGAGCUUUCCGUUGUUUCUACAUGGCCAAAUCACUCGCCAAUUUACAUCGUUGGCGCGAGGCAAUGGCUUUGUAUCAUAGAUCUUUGCAACAUGUUAAAGAUGCAAUGGAGCAUAAGAGUUUAUUGCCUGCUAAUUUGAACGAAGACUUGGCUAAAUUAGAAUCUCUUAUAGAAGGAGCUCAAUGUGCAGCUCAUGCAUAUAGUAUUCUGGAAGAAGGCCAAGAAGAGGAAUCAUCCUCUAAUAAUAAACAAGUUAAAAGUAAAAAGGUACUAUUGGAACGAUUACAUGAGUACCAAGAAGAUCCAGCACUGUUGACCAAGCAACCGAACGUGUGUAAAUUGCCGCCCCCGAUGCAGAGCAUCCCCUGCAAACCGUUAUUCUUCGAUUUGGCGUUCAAUAUGAUUGAUUUUCCAGAUCUGUCUGAUAAAUUGAAGGAGCAAGAUAAGAAAGGCGAAAAGACGGGCUUGGCCGGUUUGGUUAAAGGUCUCUGGGGAUGGGGUAAUAAAUAAAUAAGAAUGCAGCACAUUCUUCAUCAUCUAAUGUAUCAUGUUAAUAAUGAAUUAUAUAUUGUACGUUUCUACGUUUUUCGGAAAAUGUAUCAUUUAUAUACCAUGAUUGCAAUUACUGAAAUAAAUUUUGCAAUUUAAUUUAUAAGAAUGUAAA